CCCCCCCCCGGAGGACGGUAACCGGGCGGUCCCAAGUACCCGCAGGAAGCCCGGUGCGCAGGACCGCGUGGCGCUCUCGGAGCGCACCCAGCCGAGCAGAAGCAAAAGAUAAACCCUGAUGGGCUCGGGGGCUGGUUGGCUGGGGCGCAGAGUCAGCGCGGACCAGGAGCGCCUUUCGUUUUAAGGAGCCUUACUUCUGGGAAGGGACAGGGAACUGUCAAUCAGCGAGGGAGGGAGCGCACCGGCGCUGGGUGAUGUCAGCGGAUCAUCUGCUCGAUAACAAAGAGGGGGUAUUACAGGAGAAAGUUGCAGCGGCGGCGGCGGCCACGGCGGCACCCCGAAGCCUCGGCGGCUAGGGGCCAGCGGGCAAAGGGAGGGGGGGGAGGACGAGUGCUGCCGCAGCAGCUUAAGACCAAGGAAUUGAAAGGGCUGUAGGGGGAGGCAGUGCGAGCCAGCCCCGACUGCCCCUCCUCUUCCUCCUCCUCCUCCAAACUCGCAGGGUUCAGCCCCAGCGCUCGCUCAGCCGCCGGGAGCACCCGGACGGACGGGAGGCAGCUGCGCGGCCCAGAGCUGGGCACCGUCCCCAGCCGCCAUGGAUAGCGACGACGAGAUGGUGGAGGAGGCGGUGGAAGGGCACCUGGAUGAUGAUGGAUUGCCACACGGGUUCUGCACAGUCACCUACUCCUCCACGGACAGAUUCGAGGGGAACUUUGUUCACGGAGAGAAGAAUGGACGGGGAAAGUUCUUCUUCUUUGAUGGCAGCACUCUGGAGGGAUAUUAUGUGGACGAUGCCCUACAGGGCCAGGGCGUGUACACUUACGAGGACGGAGGCGUUCUCCAGGGCACGUAUGUAGACGGAGAGUUGAAUGGUCCCGCCCAGGAGUACGACACGGAUGGGAGACUGAUCUUCAAGGGGCAAUACAAAGAUAACAUUCGGCAUGGAGUCUGCUGGAUAUACUACCCAGAUGGAGGCAGCCUUGUGGGAGAAGUAAAUGAAGACGGGGAGAUGACAGGCGAGAAGAUAGCGUAUGUGUACCCUGACGAGAGGACCGCACUUUAUGGAAAAUUCAUUGAUGGAGAGAUGAUAGAGGGAAAGCUGGCUACCCUUAUGUCCACUGAAGAAGGAAGGCCUCACUUUGAACUGAUGCCUGGAAGUUCGGUGUACCACUUUGAUAAAUCGACUUCAUCUUGCAUUUCUACCAAUGCUCUUCUUCCAGAUCCAUAUGAAUCAGAGAGGGUUUAUGUUGCUGAAUCUCUCAUUUCCAGUGCUGGAGAAGGACUGUUUUCCAAGGUAGCAGUGGGACCUAAUACUGUUAUGUCUUUUUAUAAUGGAGUUCGAAUUACACACCAAGAGGUUGACAGCAGGGACUGGGCCCUUAAUGGGAAUACCCUCUCCCUCGAUGAAGAAACGGUCAUUGAUGUGCCUGAGCCCUACAACCAUGUAUCCAAGUACUGUGCCUCCUUGGGACACAAGGCAAAUCACUCCUUCACUCCAAACUGCAUCUACGACAUGUUUGUCCACCCCCGCUUUGGGCCCAUCAAAUGCAUCCGCACACUCCGAGCUGUGGAGGCUGAUGAGGAACUCACCGUUGCCUACGGCUAUGACCACAGUCCCCCGGGGAAGAGUGGGCCUGAAGCCCCUGAGUGGUACCAGGUGGAGCUAAAGGCCUUCCAGGCCACCCAGCAGAAGUGAAAGGCUCAGCCCUGGGCUUCAGAGACCUGGAAUAGAAACUUGGAUCUAUGCACUACGUUUUCCGACAACGGGACAACCAGGGACUGCUCAUGCUGUGACAUCACAUCCUCUCACGCUGCGUUAGCAACGACUUUCUCGCAUACUAACUAGGCUUGACUGUAUUACUCAUACCAGAUUUAAAAUUAGCUAGCCUUGCAACAACGUCCUACUGAGAGGUAUUGUCGAACACUUGACACAGCAUGAUGUUCUUGGGUGGUUCAAGUCUAAAUCUGUACCACACUCAGAGAUGCCAAAUGAUUAGACUGAAAAAGGGAAAGGGGGCUUUUCAGUCAUUUUUAGCCGGUGGUUUUUCCAUGAUGUUUUUUUCCUACGGCCAACACCAGGUGUGUUUUCACACUGGGUGUAUAUGCCGUAUGGAGGAUAGAGAAUUACUACAUUUUUAUUCUCUAAAUGUAGUAUAAUUUGCCUUUUAACCUUUGAUCUGUAUCUUGCAAUAGAAUGGCUUUGUUUUUUUUUUCCUAGCGAACAGAACCCCACUUUUUGAGUCAUUUCACCCCUCAGUCUCAUUCUCUAUCUUAGCUAUAUCUUUUAUAAGAGAAAACUUCCAAAUGGAUUUCGUGUCCGUGCCAGUGCGUAGGUCUCUCUGGCUCUUUCUAUAUCAUUGUUUCAUUAUUAUGUCCUAAUAUAAAGAACUGGCUCAUAGGGCCAGGGUAUUAUUAUAGAAUUAUUAUUCUCGCAUGUAAACAAAGAUACCUUUGCUUUAAGAUGUGAGAAGAGAUGAGUUUACGUUGUUUGCGUUAAGUUAUGGAAGAGUUGUAUUAUAUACUUUAAGAAAGGAGAGAGGGAAAUUAGUACUUCUAAGCAGUAACUGUGGCAAUUUUGCAAUAUCUUUAAUAGUACUAGUAAUUUCUUCUCCUCGGGUACACUUUAAAUGUACAUAACAUAGAGCAGUCUGGCUUGUGGCACAGUGCAUCGAAUUCAAAAGUCAAAUAACAAACUAGAAUUCUAACACAGAAUUCAAAAGUUGAUUUUUUUUUUAAUUGCUACUGUUAAGAGAGACAUACUGAUCACUAGGUACAAAUCUAAACCUUAAUACUAAAACUCUUCAUUAUUGUAACUUCAAAGCACUUACCUGCUUCAAAGCAUUGUGAAUUAAGAGUAAUACCUGUAUAGUUUAAAAGCAAUGAUAUCAAUAGCAUUUCAGCGAUUUUGCGAGCCAUGUGUAACCACAAGUGCAGAAAUAAGGAGAAAACCCCUGUUUUUUUAGUUUAGCUAGUUAGGUAUGUAACAUAUCUGGGAUCGCUCUGAAUGAAUUCUGAGAGUUCUGGGCUUUUGCCAGCGCCCUCACCACGUGCCCUAGCCAUGUCUUGUUCAGAUGCCUCCACAAGGCAGCUGGAAAGUUCUGGAGAGCAGCGGUGGUUCUGAAAUGCAGCCGCUGGUGGUGGCACCUGUCACCUGAGCCGGUUUGGUCUUGAGAGCCACAGCCUUCCAAGCCAGUGGGGGAGCUCUGGCUGAGCACGGAUUGCUUGGUAGCAGUGAGAGGAGUAAAGAAACAGGACAGAAUUUGCUCCUUCUUGUCAGGUGCACGUUGUUCUUAGGAAGAAGUUAGCAAAAGUGCUCCAUCCAGCGCUGUUCACAACUUUCAGUUCAGGCGGCCCCUGGACACAGGAUUCAGCCCUCAAACAGUGACAGAAGGGGCCCCUCCCUCCUUUGCAGGGCCCAGCAUCCUGGAGCUCCCCACCCCCCUGCAGUGCCAGGGCACGUGGCCAGUGCAAGGCGUGCAUCCAGGCGGCGGUGGUUUCAGGGAGGAUGAGCUGAGUGUUCACAUGUGAGAAGUGGUCAGGGCUGCCAGAAAGAUCUCCCGCAAAAGGAACCAAUAGGGUUUUUGGAUGAAAACGCAGCAGGAUAGGAUAGCUUCUUCUCUGUAGAAAGAGACCAUUCUGUAGACAGCGACAGAGGGACAGUCUCGGGACUUGUAUUCUGACGGGUGCUUUCGUUCAAAUGCGUCCCAAAGUCAGUGACUGUCUUCAGGAGAAAGAUGGCUCUACUUGGCCCUCGGCCAGUUGAGCUGUAGAGCCAGGUCAGCGAGCGAGGUCAGGAUGGAGCCGGUCACACUUCCAACACAGCUGUGCCUCGAGUGACGUCAUUCCCGGGGACAAUGUCAUUCUUGCUGAGGCUGCAGUGGGGGUGUAAUCUCUGACCUGAUGGGUUAUUGGAACUACCCCACUCAAAUGGAAUCUUUUUUUCUUCCUUUCUUUCCUUUGAUAUAAGGCAUUGAAGAGUUGUAAGGAGUACCAGCUAACCCAUUUUUCAAAUUAGAUAUGUAAUGACAACCCUCAGUUUAAAACCCAGCAGUGUGUCUGUGACCUUCAGACAAAUCGGGGGAAACAGUAAGUACACCCAAGCCCCUCUCUCUCUCUCUCUCUCUCUCGCUCUUUCUCCCUCCUCUCUUCUUGUGCCUUCUGGCUCUUCCUCCUAUUCUCCAGUCCCAUCUCUUUCCACUUCCUCUCUUGUCUGUAGGAAGCUUUGCUGUCCAUGUCCAGCUGAUCUCUCGCUCUUUUCCGUCCUCUCCCUCCCUGUUCUGAGCGUCUCUCCUUUCUUGCAAGGCCCUCCGUGCGUACCUCUGGCCAUUUACUCUGCGUCUCUGCCUGGCUUUGUCGCUCCUGCUCUCCCACGACCCCCCCCCCCCCGCCACCAAACCCCACUCCCAAAUGGAAGGCUUUGUCAUGGACUGGAAUCAGAGGGGGGUUGAGGUUCACUGUGUUCUGUAGGUAGGUAAAGAAGUCGUGGUGGUUUGAGGUACCAUAAAGAAUUAACGGGUGAGAAAGGAACGUGUUUGUUCCUUAUUCGAGCCGAAGUGUGACAGGGAAAGCCUCGGGAUGUAUUUCUCUACUGAAUCUUUACAUCCACGGUGGAAGGAAACAUGUCAGGAAGCAGCCAAAUCUGGUAGUUUUGGUCGCAUCAUGACCACAGCAGAAUUGUGGAAGAUUCCAUGCGGUGGGGAAUAAAGAAAUAACUUUGUGCUCUCCCAAAACACGCUGGCACCCGUGAGGGUACGUCUGGAGGAGAUUCACUCAGAGCCGUCUCGGUCCAACUCCUGCAUGACUAGAUCUUUCCUUAGCAGCUUUUCUAGGACAAAAUAUUAUCUUGUGUUAGAGUUAGGAAUAGGAACUAAUCUGUAGGAGUAUGUCCCACAUGGACAUUUGAACGGACUAACAAGACAACGGUAAGGACUGAGUUUCCGACACAAAGGAACGAUGACAUUAAGAGGCAACAGGCAGGGAGGGCUUGAGUUUCGUAGUACCUAUUCUUAUUUUAACCUGCUUCGUCCCUGGUCUACCUGAGAAACAAAGAAGGAAGUUCGUUUUUCAAGACCUCUUUGAACCUGUCCGGGGCUGUAGUUAAAUGUAUUUGCCUUCCACGGGUUCUUCACACUUGAAAAACUAUUUCCUUACCACCAACAACCUGGAAAGGCCAACGUGGAAGCAAAAGUGUAACCAUUUACAACAUUUAAUUGUAACUAUUAAAAUGGCAGUAACUGUAAACAGUGAAUUCAAGGGUUGCCUUCUCAGUGAGACAGUAUGUGGCACUUUAUAGAAACUUUCCUUUAAUAUAUAAAAUUUUAAAUCACUCACUACAAAGUGCAUUUAAGAUCUUCCAAGAAAGUAUAGUUUUCUGUUUUGCCUUGUUUUAAAACAGUUGCCUCAAGUUUCUGUCUUAAGAGUAGUGAUUUAGAAUCCAGACAUCUUUUUUUUUUUUUUUUUAGAAAAACAAGCAAAACUAUGUUGCAAGACUGAUAGUUGUAAUGUUUAUUUGCCACAGAUCAAAGGUUCACAAAAUAUAUUAAAUUUACAUCUACUUGAGGUACCUUGAUAGAUUGUGUUUUCUUUGAUCUUUCCCUUCAGGAAUUUGGAGCCUUGUUGUCACUUUUUUAUUUUAAAACUACUAAAUUUUAAUAGUUUUAUUUUGCCAAAUGUGUGCAGACAUAUUCAAAGCAAUGAAACUAUUUCAAGCCAUACAACCACAGGGGUGGAAACCCUUUUCACAAAUUUUAAUGUGUUUGUAUGUAAAUAGAUGUUUGUAUGAAAUAUUUUCACGGUAGAAUGAAUAUAUUUAAAUGAAGUUGAAUUAUUCCAGUGCUAUUUAAACAAAUUACAAAAUUUUUGGUGAGAAUUACCUGAGUCUAUUGAGAUACAAUGCAGGUCAAUUUUGAUUUUUAAAACUCAAAAGCCUACAAAUAACUCUGACUCAUGGCAACUGCCCUGCGUUGUUGCAUCUGACGUGGAGAGAGCUUGUAGGCUUCCCCAGUGCCUCUGCCGCUUCCUGGUGUAAGUUAGGUGCUCAUGGAGGUGUGUCCACCUUUAAGUGACAUCACUCCAGGCCUUUGAGGGCCCGCGAGUGAAUUAGAGGCAUUAGAGACACUGGUGCAGUUAUCCGGAGCACAAUUUCUUUGCAGGGCAGCAGAAUCAGAAGCCAGAUGUGGCCGUGGGAACCUUAGAACUGGGUUUUCUGGCCACCAUCAACCGCCACCCUUACUGCCUAGUCACACAUGUCAGGGAGGCUGCCCUCAGUGGAGUUGGGGUUCAGACCCCAGGGUGGAACUUCACGGUUUUGCCAGCAGUCCCUGCCUCCUGGCCUCCGCCUCACUGGGAGGAAGGAGGAGGGAGCCGCUGGCAAGGGGCCCAUUUCUCAGCACAGUCCCUUUCCCGUCUCAGCUCUGGGAGACUAUGCACGCAAGCACCAAACUUUCAACCAGAGAGAGACGUCCUCGGAUAAUGCAAAUCCUUGCUUCCUCUGUCUGUGACUUUACACACUGUUGUUAGAAGUCGUUUUAAUAUCAAGACCAAUCACAUCUCUGGGACAUACCUCCCAACUCUCCUGACUCUUACGUUACUAGAACAACUCCUUUGUAACGGCAUUCAACUUGAGUGGGUUGUUUGUUUGUUUGUUUUCCCUCUGCUUCGGUCCUGGAUAUAAAGAAAUGAUAAACAUGACAAAUUUUCACUGUGUAUACUAGCAAUAUGUACACACACGCCAAUGUAUCUUAACAUAGUGACUUGGUUAUAUUUUGGGUUCCUAUAAUUAACUUCGAUCCUUGCAUUGGGAAACCACGGGGGUGUGUGAUGUCUGCUUACCAUAGAAGAAAUCAGGUUCAUGGUCUGAGCUCCCUCUUUCAAAAGGUUUCCUCUUGGGUUUUCUACGUUCUCCUUUUAUCCUGAAAUGCAUUUAUUAGGUUGUGAGGUAUGUUUAAGGAUUGGAACCUAGGGGUAUGCUUUCAGCAUUCAUUGCAACCAAAAGUUAACCCCGUCACAGUUAACAAAAGAUUGGUCUUUUGUGGAAUUUGAACUAAAUCUAUGAGCCUUAUUCAAGAUCUAUGAUUCUAUGAUUUUUUUAAAUUAUGGGAAAUUAAUGAAAGAUGUUUACAUGAAUAAUGUUUGCCCUUACUGUGUUAUGAAUGAGUUUUUUUGUAGUGUGUCUGGGUGCAUGUGCAAGAGAGUAGGAAAAAUGUUUCUGAAACAAAACUUGACAAAUAUUUGUAAUGAAAAGUAAAUUUAAAGAUUGCUAUAAUUGCGCUAUAGAAACAAUGCAAGUAUUAAACAAAAUAUACAAUCA